AAGCUGAGAACAAGAAUAAAAAAGGACACGUGGUCACAAGGGUAUUCAUAGAUUAUUGCGUCAAGUCAAACAACUUCAGCUAAUUGGCCAAAAGAUAGUACUGAUUCGUAGUCGUUUUUGGCUGAUGAAUUUUGUAUUGUUUUCCUUCCUCAAUAAGAUCCAAAAUAGCUUUUUGGAGAAAUAUUAAGAGAUCGUUUCAUUUUGGCAGAAAUGGAAAUGGAGGGUGAGAUUGGAAACUUCAUUAAGGUAUGGCUCUCGGUCUUCUUAUCUCUCUUCUACUGCUAUGCAUUUGGUAAGUUUGUACCAAAAGGUUUUCCAAGACUCUUGCUCAUAAUUCCAAUUGUAGCCCUCUUCCUAGACCUUCCUCUUCACCUCUCCACCAUCCAUCUCGGAGGCACCACUGCUUUCUUCAUUUCUUGGCUUGCCAACUUCAAGCUCUUGCUCUUCGCCUUUGGGAAAGGCCCUCUGUGCGCCGACCCUUCAAUCUCUCUUCCCCGUUUUCUAGCCGUCGCUUGUUUACCCAUCAAGAUCCAACAAAACCCACCUCCAAAAACACCCCAAUUCCAAACCUCAAAUCAUCAAAAUGGCCACAACUCAACCACAAAUGGGCAUGCAACAACAAAACAAAACCCAGCUCCGAAAUCCCCGUUCAACUACGCACUCAAAGGCCUGCUCUUGGCUCUGUUGCUAAAGGUAUAUGACUACAAAGAGCACCUCCAUCCAAACCUGAUAUGGGUCAUGUAUUGCUUCCACAUAUAUUUUGCCCUAGAAAUCAUCCUCCUCAUGGCUGCCGCGCUGGCUCGAGCCCUUCUGGGACUUGAGCUCGAGCCCCAAUUCAACGAGCCCUACCUCUCCUCCUCCCUCCAAGACUUCUGGGGCAGACGAUGGAACAUUAUGGUCACCAGCAUCCUGCGCCCCACCGUGUACGAACCCGUCGUCGCGCUUUCGACACGGGUGGUGGGCCGCAGGUGGGCCCCGCUCCCGGCCGUGAUGGGGACCUUCAUAGUGUCGGCGAUUAUGCACGAGCUCAUAUUCUACUACCUGGGGCGGCUGCCGCCCACGUGGGAGAUCUCGUGGUUCUUCCUCCUCCACGGGCUGUGUUUGGUGGUUGAGAUCGCCGUGAAGAAGGCGAUUGCUAAACGGAAGAAGUUUCAGGUGCCGAGAUUGGUGUCUGGGCCUUUGACCGUUGCGUUCGUGACGGGCACCGUGUUUUGGCUCUUCUUUCCUCCGCUGCUGCGGUGUAAUGCUGACGUGAGGGCUCUUGGGGAGUACGCGGCUGUUGGCGCGUUUUUGAAGAAUGUCGGUCGUGCUUUUGCAUCUAGAGCCAUGAACACAACAAGAAGAAGCAACUGGUCGUAGCAGAAGACUUGUAGUUGUAGCUGUUGACAUUAUUUUACAGUUACAUUACAUACAACUUUAACACUUUUUUAAAUGAACAUGCAAAAACAUGAUAGAGAAGUAUUCAAUCAAUCGGCUACAUUCUCAAGUUAAGUUAA